GCUCUGGCGACCGGGAGAGGGAGUGACGAGGGGAGGCUUCUUAGGGUUCCUUCGUGGUGUUCGAGAUCGGCUCGAUCGAUCCGAUGGUGCAGGCAAGCAGCCGAUCGAGGGGCACGGUGAAGUGGUUCAACGACACCAAGGGGUUCGGCUUCAUCUGGCCGGACGACGGAGGGGAGGACCUCUUCGUCCAUCGGUACCCCAUCAAGGCCCAGGUGUACCGGACCUUCGCUGAGAGCGAUGUCGCCGAGGGAGACGAUGGCCCCAGCAAGGCCGUCGACAUCACCGGGCCCGGCGGAUCCGACAUCCAAGGUGGCGGCGGCUGCCGGAGUGAUUGCUACGGGAGGGUGGGUAUGCUGGGACUACCGGGUGGUGACGGCAACCUGUCCUGUUACAGUUGUGGCGUGAUGGGGUACUUUGCUAGGGAAUUCCCUUGCAAGAACUGAGGAUCAAUCACUUUCAAGCUUUGGCUUACUUUCUUUGCAUUUUGCUAGGGAUUGCUAUCGGGGCCAUGCAGGCGGAGAUGGACUGUUUGAUGGUGGAGGUGCUG